CAGCAGCAGCAGCAGCAGCAGCAGCAGCAGCAGGUCCGGCGGAGCCUCCCGGAGGCCUGCAUGGCCGGGCAUGGGCAGCGCCGCGCCUUCCCGCCCGCCCGCGGGGGCUGACGGCCCCGCCGCCUUCCUCCUCCGCCUCCGCCUCCGCCUCCUCCUCGGCCUCGCCCUCCAGCUGCCCCUGCUGCCCCCAGGCGCCUGCCAGCAGCCGGCCCAGUGCCGCAUCCAGCGCUGCACCACGGACUUCGUGACCCUGACCUCCCACCUCAACCCCGCCGCCGAUGGCUUCGACUCGGAGUUCUGCAAGGCCCUGCGGGCCUACGCGGGCUGCACCCAGCGUACCUCCAAAGCCUGCCGAGGGAACCUGGUCUACCACUCGGCCGUGCUGGGCAUCAGCGACCUCAUGAGCCAGCGCAACUGCUCCAAGGACGGGCCCACGUCCUCCACCCACCCGGACCUCCCCCACGAGCCCUGCAGUUACCCCGGGGACUCGGAGCCGGGCCCCCCGGCUCACCUCUUCUGCGGCCUGUUCGGGGAUCCUCACCUCAGGACUUUCAAGGACCACUUCCAGACCUGCAAGGUGGAGGGGGCCUGGCCCCUGAUCGAUAACAACUACCUGUCGGUCCAGGUGACCAACGUGCCGGUGGUGCCCGGCUCGAGCGCCACCGCCACCAAUAAGGUAACAUCAAUCUUCAAGGCCUACCCCGGCUGCACGGAGCAGAAAGUCUACCAGGCGGUGACGGACGACCUGCCGGCGGCCUUCGUGGACGGCACGACCGGCGGCGGGCCGGGCGAGCGGCAGAGCCUGCUGGUGGCGGAGCGGGAGAGCGGGCGGCUGGUUGAGCUGCAGGCCCGCCACCUGGGCACCACGGUCUUCGUGCGCCAGCAGGGCCGCUACCUGACUCUGGCCCUGCGCAUGCCCCGCGCCCUGGCCCUGGCCUACGAGGAGAGCCGGGACCUGCAGCUCUGCGUCAACGGCUGCCCGCUGAGCGAGCGCAUCCAGGACGGGCGGGGGCGGGCGCCCGCGGCCCCGGGCCCGCCCACGGCCCCGCCCCCGCCGCUCCCGGCCCCGGCCCGGGCCCGGCCGGGCUCCACGCUGGCCGGGGCCGCCGCCCGCUGCCGCGAGAAGCUGCCGCUCGACGACAUCUACUUCCAGUCCUGCGUCUUCGACCUGCUCACCACGGGCGACGCCAACUUCACCGCGGCCGCCCACAGCGCCCUGGAGGACGUCAAGGCGCUGCACCCGCGGCCCGAGCGCUGGCACAUCUUCCCCGGCCCGGCCAGCGGCGGCCCCGUGGCCGCGACGGCGGCCCCCUCCGCCUGGGACUCCUCUGCUUCGUCCUCGUUGCGUUUUUGUAGGGUUUUUUGUCUAACAGAAGUUUUAAAAUAUAUAUUGUCAUAAUAUAUUGAGUAUAUAUGUAUAUACCAUGUAUAUGAAGGGGGGGGGAGGGGGCUCGGCCUCCACCCCCUCUCCCCCGCCCCGCCUCCCUUCCCCGCAGCGUGUACAUAGUGUGGUUGACUCUUUUCACCUACGUUGUAUUCUUUGAUGGUAUCAAGUUUUGUUUUGCAGUUUUGUGAGAUGUUUUUAUAACGUCCCUGCCGUGGGACCUGUUUAGAAAGCACUUUAUUUUUUAUAUAUUAAAUAUUUAUGUGUGUAUCUGGUUAAUACGUAGAGUACGUGCUUGCACGAGCCCCUUCUCCUCCGUCCCCCCCGUCCCCCUAAAGCGGGGGUCGCCGGUCCUUCUACCUGCAGCCCCCGCUUCUCUCCAACGCCUGCGGGUGCGGCUGGGAUCCUCCCCUCUCGAGCCUACGCCGGCUCGGGCCAACGUGGGCUUCCGAGCCGUCCCGGCCGGGAAAGUGCUUACGGCCUGGGCCGCGGUCCUGCGGUCCCCUGUCCGCCCCCGUCGCCGUCCCCGUGCCUUCUGGGAACGUCUUCUCUUGUCACUCGCUGCUGUUGCUGUUCCCUUCCCCUCCCUAGGGACCCCCUCCUCUCCUCCCAUAGCGCACGGAGCCACUCCGGCUCUUAGGAGUCCGUUCCUUGCCCCCUUUGGCCGCCGGCAAGGCCCGGCCCGGGCCGCGAGCCCACCUCCCCUUCACGGGGGACGGGGGGAGGAUCCGCUGGUCGGCGCGUGGGCGUCUCCCCCGACGUCUGCCACUUCCCUCCUCCUCCCGAGGUCCUGGCCGGCACGGGAACUAGGCCGGGGCCGCCACACCACGGGAAGUGGAGCGGACGAGGGGUCGCGCCCGGCCGCUCGGAGAAGCUCCCCGACCAGCCGGGAGCCGUUCGGGUAGGGAGGCGUGGGCGGAGGGGAGACCCAUCGGCGGGCUCCCCCCCGCCCCCGGCAAGGUCCCGGUCAUCCGAGGACUCAACCCCCAUCUCGGAGCGGAGGGGGCCGGGAAAGAGAAUUCAAAAUUGUAUAGCUUGCUAACCCAGGCCGGGUGGGGGUAGAGAAUCGGGGUUGUGCGCUUGUCUCCUCGGCCUUAUCCAUCGAAGCUGUUGCUUACGUAUCCUGUCUCCCGGCGAGUCGGAACUCUGGAUCGCCAGGGUAGAACCCCACCGCCGACGCCACUGAUUUUCGGAUGAGCCUACCCCUCCGCCACCGCAACCCGGGUCAGUGGGACCUGUUCUCUGUGGCCAGAAAGGGGUCCUUCUCUGGCGGGGGAACGGACGUUUUCUUUUUCUCCCAUUCCUAACUCCGGUCAGAGAACGGAUUCGCACACGUCAGCUCUUCGAUCCCCUGGGAUCGAAGAGCUCAUCCCAAGCAGACGGAUGCGUUGCAGUUGGCAGCGGUCUCCCGGAAGGCACGGGGAGGGCGGCGGGGGGUGAGGGGCUCAGGGGGGAACACUGGAUUUCUUAGACCCUCCGACCGGCUUCCCGCUCGGCGCUCCGGCUUUUUUGUUUUGACGCUUGGAUACGCCCCUUCCCCCCUCGUCGGUCUUUGCGGAAACCUUUCGAUGUGGUCCGGUGGAUAUAGUGCUAAGUAUCUGUUUGUGUAAAAGAGUGACUGUGCAGUGUGUAAAUACUUUUAAGUUAUUACACUAGAAGAAUAAAGUUACGUACCCUGCUGUGGAA